AUGGCUCAGACCGCCAUGCCACGGCACCGCGCUACACAGUCGCAGUCUGGCAUUGGCUCGCCCCUGUACCAGCGCCGACAGCACCCAAAUGCCGGGCCCGUUGAGCUUAUCCCCAACCCAGAGUUUUCGUUUCCCAUGCGAGGCCCAGAUAUGCCCCCUUCAAAUCCCAUACCUAUCAACCCACGCCCAAUGUCACUGCAAGCCUAUCCCACCGGCCGCCGAGGGUCCAUGCCGCACCACCGACAAAAAUCCAUCAACGCACUGCCAGACUUUUCCUUCAAUCCGGCCGGCACGUCCAAGCCAGCCAGGGAAUCACCCCCACAUUCGCCAAACACGCUGGCGGUGCCCGGCUCGCCCUCAAAGCCCUCGCAUGGACACAAGCGAGGAGGAAGCGAAUUCAUCGGUGGCGACGUCCGGCCCGGAGGUACUGCGUUGAUGAGCAGCAGCCCGACCAAGGGCGACGAUGCUCUGCCUGCACCAAGCGCCACCCUGCGACCAGGUCCGCCACCUGGCCGCCGUGGACACGCCCACCGCCGUUCAGGUGCCAUUUCUUCGCACGACCUCACAUCAAUUAUGAGCCCUCCUGCUCCCGCAACAACCGGCAGUGCACCUAGCACGCCCUCCGAGGGCAAUCACUUUGCCCUUGGCCACAAGUUCAACAGGUCCAUUUCCCAACCAUCGCUGCGCCAGCACAGAUCAGAAGAUGAUCCUACGCGGCCCCCGUCCAGAGCCCGGGUCACAUUCUCUGAUAGAAUCGAGACCAUCCGUCCACUCUCAACAAUCUCGUCCGAGACAGAACGCUCCUUGUCUACAUUCCGUGGACACUCUGCCGCGAACAGCCUGUCAUCAAUCGUAAGCGGCAGUGGCCCGGUACCUCCUCGGCUCGGACGGCCCACGCUGAACACAGUUCCGGAUGAGGAUCGACCCAGCACAGCCGGCAUGGUUUUGGACAAGUUUAUCAGCGGCAACAUGAACGCCGAGGUGCCUGAGCGCAAACGACCCGUAUCUGCCGUCUCGCCAAUGUCACCUGCAGCCCCCACCGUCCCAUCCCCCGCUCCCAAAGUGCAGGCCAAACGACGGAGCCUCUUCCACAAGGACCCCCGCCAAGGCAAUGACUCGGUGCCGACUCUUCCUACCAGCGCCUCGGACCCAGCGCUCUCAAAGCCUUUUGACACGGCUUCAGCCUCACCGGCGGCUGACAAGGAUGAAUCACCAAAGACGCCCAAAAAGCCAAAAUCUGCCUCGCGCAAGGGCAGCCACAAGCCUCGCAAAGUCAAGUCCUGGGCAAACUCCAUCAUCACUCGCAAGGGAAAGCACAGCAAGCGAUCCAAGAUGCGCUCGCCAACGCCACCGCCCACCAGCAUGGUUGUUGAUGGCAAUGGCGAAGAUUCGGAUGAGUCGGAAGAAAUCGACUUUGAGCCAAACUUUGAUGACGAUACCACCGUCACGAUUGUGUCGCCCACCGACGACUCUGGAGCCCAACCCAAAUUGGACACCAACUAUACAUCUUUGGAACCUCGUCCGUUGCAGCGUGUUGAUUCUGACAUCAUGAGCCCAGUGAUUGAUUUGGACGCAGCGCUCGGACCCUUCAACACUCCCAACGGGACCGCGCCCCGAUCCAAUCAGCGUGGCUUUUCGGCACAUCGACGAGCCAUGCACAGCGCCAACGGUAUGUCGCCCUCGCACCGAAGGACAGAGAGUGCGCCCGAACUGGUUCCCUUUGAGAAUCGAUCGUCAGCAAUCGCAAACGCUUCGCCCAUGGACGACGUCUUUGAGGAGGAGGAGCCCGAAGACGAACUGACGCUCCCCACAAAAGACGCGAAACCCGAAGCAACUGGCGCAGAGGCUGAAGAGCCAAAGGUUUCGGUAGUGGAAACAGAUUCCGAACAAGAAGGGCCUGGCAUCAAGUGGAACUUUAGUGACGGACUUGGCUUCAACGGAACACCAAAGGCACGCAAAGUCGUUUCAGUAGAGCCCAUCUCGCCCCGAGCAACCCCGCCUGCGGAACAAGGAAGCGACAAGGACCAGCUGUCAACACAAAAGUCCGAACCAGUGGAAGUGGUGGAAGACUACGAGGAACCCCGAACAUCAUCUCUCACACAUUCUUCAGACUCCACAGUCACUGCUCAGCCCACCGAAGACUCUCCCAAGCAGCGCCAGCCCGUCAUGAAUCUGACGCUUCCACUUCAUCAGCAGAGUCUGAUGACGCCCGACACCAUUGCGUCGUCUUUCUCGUCACCAGACUAUGGAUCCAGCCAGCUUUCGUUCGACACUGGACGUGGAGGCACCGCAUCUUCGUCCAUGACUGACUACCCAGUGAUGCCAUCGCCUCGCUUUGGCGAGCCUGGCCCAGAGGUUCGCAUCUCGACCGAGGUGCCAUCUUUGACAUCUUCAAGGUCGACCAUGACGAGUGGCAUGAUGCAGAAUGCCUUCCCACUUGUCAGCCCACGCCGGUUUGGUGAACGCACAUCAUCCUUGUCUUCGGAUCCUAGUGAUAUGGAGUCCCGUCGUCGUAAGCGGUCCAGCAUCGCUAGCCUGUCUCGUUUGAUGGGAACCUCGUCGUCGAACAGUGAGCGCAGCAAGCUCUCCAUUGAGCAGCGUCCACAGUCGGAACAUCGCGAGCCGUGUCGAGACAAGAAGAAAAAGAACAGCAACUUUGGGAGCAGACUAAAACGGUUCUUCCAGCACACGAGGGAGUCUUCUCCAUCGAAAACCUGA